UCUGCGUUGUAUGGAAAAUACUGAUUUAGUGUUAACAUCUGUUAUAUGUAUGUGGAACUCUUGUCUCUUUAGUAUGUUGUAAGUCGGAUUUCAAUAACAGAUGGGCCACUGAAGACGAUGGGAGAAAGAUGGCGCUGCCCUUACUGAGGUGCUGCAGCUGUAACAGGCCCGUUUCGAUUCUGACUCGGUUCCUUACAUCGAAGCCCUUUUUAGCGACUCAGUCCAGACGCCUUGGCCCCGUGGCGUCCGCGGUGAGUGAUGCUCGUCAGUACAGCUCUGACUCUGAGCGGAGGAGACACGAGCAGAAGCAGAAGGUUGUGGUAGUCGGGAUCCCGAACCCCUUCAUCUGGUUCCGGACCCGCAUCUACUUCUUCCUCAUCCGAGCUUACUUCGACAAAGAGUUCAGCAUUGAGGAGUUCACGGAAGGAGCCAAACAGGCUUUCUCGCACGUAUCAAGAUUACUGUCUCAGUGUCAGUUUGAGGCUCUUGAGGGAUUAGUAGCUAAAGAUCUAAUAGGGAAACUUGAGGAAAAAUGCGCUCAAUUGCCUGUGAGCCACCAGAGGGCGCUGUCAGCUGAGUCCGAUGAGAUCAUGUACACAACAACAGGAGAUGUGGGAAUUUACUAUGAUGAUAGCGGGAGGAAAUAUGUAAGUAUUUUGAUGCGUUUUUGGUACUUGACGAGUGCCAGACUUCCAGAUGAGAGUGUGGAAGGAGCGAAAAUAUUCCAGGUUGUCAUUGGUGGAGAAGGAGAGAGACCAGAGACCAAGAGAUUGCUGACAGCCAAUUAUGAAUUCCAAAGGGAGUUUACCCAAGGUGUGAUUCCAGACUGGAUCAUCACAAGAAUAGAGCACUCAAAACUUCUUGACUAAGUGUGUCUAACUUGAAGAGGAGAGAUUUUUUUUUUUCAUGCUUUUUUGUUUUGUUUAAUAUUGCUCAACAUGCCAAAACAUGUAGGCAAAAUUCACUGGGGAAAAAAGAAAUAAUGCUCCUUUGGCAAUAGAAAGAUAUAAAUGUUGACUUCCUGUGUGCUUCCGUAUAUUGCAUCUCACUGAUCUCACAUUAAUAACUUUUACAUUAAUAUGUUUGUAAUUUAUGGUUGGCUCCUGAUUGAUCAGGUUGGUCUUUAAAAAAAAAGUUGCUGGUUUUGUUUUAAACUUUGUAUGAUGAGUUUUGGGGUCAGGUUGACUGCACAUUGCAAAAACUGUACAACUGGACUGUAAAACGAUACAAGAAAAACCAGGAGCAUUGGCAUCUUAACACCGUUAGUGUUGAAGACAUAAAGUCUGCUGCCUGGAUACUCUGAAAAACAGGUUUAUACAGACUGAUGAACUGACCAGUAAGUUCUGUAACGGUUUUAUCAAGUCUUCUAUGUUAUGUAAAAUAUUUUAAGUGCAAAAAAACAACAACAUGAAUAAAUUGUGAUUAAAAAU